AUGUCAGAUAUUAAGAUGGAAGGUCAAGAGCCAGUCGCGGCAGCUCCGGCUAUUACCAACGAGGAUGUAAAGAUCGAACCUGAGAUCGUUGCACCAGCACCAAUUGAGUCAGAAACUACCACAGCUACCGAGCCAGAAAUCAAGCAAGAGAAGAUGGACGAGGCUGAGGUUAAUACUGAAGUUAAAGAAGAGAAAACCGACUCCGACAUCAAAUCAGAAAUUAAGGAAGAGAAAGUAGAGACUACCAAUGGCGAUGUGAAAAUGGAAGAUGAAGAUGAGAAGAAGAACAAGGACAAAAAAUUCGAUUACGACGAGCCAAGAUUUUAUGACAACGGAGUUUUGAAGACAAAUGCCAAUGAGGUCCAUGGCAAGAACAAUAGUAAAUAUGAUGCUUCAAUUCUUCCUCCAUCUGAGGAUGCGGGAUUGAUUCGCCGACAGGUCGAAUUUUACUUUGGUGAUUCUAAUCUGCCAACCGAUGCUUUCUUGAUGAAGGAGUCCGGUGGUGCAGAGAACAAGCCUAUCUCGAUCGUAACUAUCCACAAGUUCAAGCGCAUGCAGCGAUUCCAGCCAUACUCAGUGGUCAUCGACGCGCUCAAGCAGAGCAAAUUCCUUGUCGUUGAAGGAGAGGAGGGAAAAGAGACUGUUCGACGCAAGAAGGCUUUUGAUCCAUCUGCAAAGUCGCCAAAGGCCAAACUCGAGGCACGAUCAGUUUACAUGAAGGGAUUUGGAGAUGAGGAGCCAAGCUCUCAAUUUGAUAUCGAAGCCUUCGUUGCCAAUUACGGUGAGGUCAACUCCGUUCGCCUUCGUCGUACCGAGGAGAGGCUCUUCAAGGGAUCGGUUUUCAUCGAAUUUGCAGACGAAGAAACUGCCCAAAAGUUCCUCGCUCUUGACCCAAAACCACAAUGGAAAGGAAAGCACGUUUUGGAAAUCAAGUCCAAGACUCAAUACAUGGAAGAAAAGAACGAAGAAAUCCGAAACGGCACCUUAGUACCUGGUCAACAUAGAGGACGAGGAGGAUUCAAGAGCCGUGGCCGUGGUGGUCGUGGGGGUGGAGGUGGAGAUUUCAAGAAAGAGCGUGAUGGGGAGAAGGAUGGGGACCGUGAUCCAAAUGAUUGGAAGAAGAGACGUGAAAAUGACAGAGAAAAUGGUUUCAGGGGUGGUCGUGGCCGUGGUGACCGUGGACGUGGUGAUCGUGGACGUGGUGGUCGUGGAAGAGGUGACCGCAAAGAUAAUGAUAGAAGGGGCGGACGUAAUGACCGUGGUCCUCGAGGCAACGAUCGCAACAAGGAACGCAGUGAGAAGAAUGGUGACGAUAAGGAAGUCAAGGUCGAGAAAUCCACAGAAUCCGCGGAAGCCCCAGCAAACGAUAAGAAGAGAGCCAGAGAAGAUGACGGAGGUGCCGAGGAACAUCAAAACAAGAAGGUUGAUGUUAAGCCUGAAGUCGCCACCCAGGCGUAA